AGCCAGCAGCAGCUCGGCAGACACAGAUUGCAGUAGCUCCUUGCUGGAUGAGAGCUGUGAUAGUCUGGUGGUUAAAUAUGGAAUAUUUACAUGCUGCGAACAGCAAGCACACCGUGCGCACCCGUGAGAAAAAAACAAGGCUGUAGCUGCGCAAAUUACAAAACCAUAUAACUCCGCAGUUAUUUAUGGCUUCUGGCUCGGAGGAUGAUGAAGGGAACACGACGGGCGCUUCAUGGAGACUUAUAGGCCGAGCCUCGGAGCUUUCCAAGAAGCCCUGCCGUCUAAUGUACUCCCCUCUCGGCCGCGACAGCGAUGUCUGCCUCUUUUAUGUCAGGGGACAGUUUUUUGCCAUGGACGCCCGCUGUGCUCACUCCGGGGGUCCUCUGUGUGAGGGAGACAUUGAGGAGGCUGAUGGAGUCCUGCAGGUCUUCUGUCCCUGGCAUGACUAUGGCUAUGAUCUCAGAACUGGGAAGUCUGGGACAUUAUUAGAGCAACAAGUUUAUGAAGUAAAGCUGGUGGAUGGCGACGUGUACGUGAAGCACGCAAGUCAUCUCUCCCUCAGGCCUUUUCCAGCAAAUCAGAAAACCUGAGUUAUCUCCGCGCAGCUGGUUCAUCCUAUUUUUAAGACUUUUUCCACAAGUCAUCCGAAAACAUUCCAAAGCCUUAUCUCUGUUGUUCUAAGAGUUGUUUUUACUUUGCUGAGAACUCAGGACUAAGGAGACCGUCUUGAAGAGGACAUGACAUCAUGAAGUCGUUUUUCUUGUUGGUAUACCAGGCAAAGUUCAGAGUUUAACACAAGCUGUUAAGAUGAAGAGUUGUGAACAUUUUACUGCAUGUUUUUCUCAAUGGAGAAACAGCAAAAUACAACAAAUACAUUUCUUUGCAAAAGUAUUCGUAUCCCGUUUGUCUGGCCUCACAAACUUCAUUUAUUUAAUUAAGACUUUAUCUGACAGAACAAAUUGUGAGGUGUAAAAAAAAGAGGAUUUGUUUUCAAUAUUAGUUUUUGUAAAUAAAACUCUAAAACGUCUUGUUUUUAUUUCUUAUUUGAUCAAUUAUCUCAUGAAAACUUCCCCAGAUGUUUGUGUGAUCUCUGCUGCUGCUUGGUUAGGUCAAUCUGAUAUCAAAACAAGCUGGUAAUCAGUCAGUUCUUAUAACUUCUUCUUAAAAACUGUUCGCUUAUUCAAACCACAAACAAAAGCCAAGGAGUUACAUCAUGGUUAGCUAUUUCCUUUUGUUAAGAUCUAAACUAUGUUAUCUUUAUAAGACAUUGUGAUGUUCUUUAUAAAAAAAAAAACAACUGGCUUCAUGUGUGAUCAAGUAGUAAUGAAUUAAGCAUAAUCUUCUCCUUCAACACUUAUGUAACAUUAUCUGAAGUGUCUAACAUCCCCACAAUGGUUUCAUUAAACCCACAAAUUUUCUUCCUUUCAUCAACAAACUUUACAUGUGGUCUGAAACUGUUAGACUCACUGUUGAGUUAUUUGGACUAGAGCACGUAUAAACACUUAUUCUGCUCAUCUCACAAUCCAAACAGUGUUGUUACUUGACAAUUUGUGGCCCAACAAAAGAAGCAAUGAAAAUGGUGCAACUAGUAGCUGUUUAAUUUGUGAGGUGUUAGUAUAUACAGUAUAUAUAUACAGUAUAUAUAUAUAUAUAUUUUCCUGGCUUUGUUACAGGCAAGCUUUUAUUCUAUUGACCCAGUAUGAUUUAAGAAGAGUGGUUUGGUCAGACACAGCAGGGAGGUUCAUGGCCUGAAAUGCACCAUGGGCUCAUAGAAACCAUUUUUAUAUGUCUGUGCUCACCAAUGCCAGUGUGUGUUUUUUAUUCCUUAGCUGUGACCGCCAUCAGUCCGUGUAUUUUCUUUCAGCUCAAUUUUCUGGCAAAUGCAGAGCCCAGUCAUAAAGGUGUCAGUGACAGCAUGUCUCAACACUCUGGUUUUCCUCCCCACUGUGCUCCCUGUUGUGCAACUUUAUGACAAGAAUUAUUCUCCUAGCUAAAAAUAUCUGUUCUGUGCACCAGAGGUGUCAGCCUCCUGUGCCAUAAGUCAUCACCUGGAGGGUAAUGAGCUCCGGGGAUGUAGCCGUUCAGUAUGGGUAUGGAAGUCAAAGUAAACUUGUAGGAAUGGUUUCUGCAGCUCCACAUGUUGAACUUACGCCCCAUAGGUAAAAGGGUUGGACAAGUGCAAUGUACUUUUUCAUGUGUUCCAUUUUAAUGAAUUCUUUAUGUUAUUAUAUAUAAACAUACAAUAAAUAUUGAAAAAUA